CCCCGGCCGCCCAGCCGCGGCCCCCCAGCAGACGGAGACGGUGCCAGUGCGCCCAUGGAGACGAGAUCCCAGCCGGGUACACCCUCAUGCUCCCAUCCAUCUCACUCUCCUGUGGUGGAAGAUGACUUCCAGUUCGUCCUUUGCGAGGGCUGCCGGCAGGAAUCGCCCAACCUCAAGCUCCUCACCUGCCUCCACACCUUGUGCCUCGAUUGCCUGCAUGAGAACAAGCCCAUCGGGCAGUGCCCCAUGUGCCAGACGGCCAUCCCGCAGGCCAGUGGCAUCCCUGACAUGGACAACCUGCUCUUCACCAACCUGCAGGCCAGGCUCAGCACCUACAAGAAGAUCAGAGACAGCGAUGGCCCGAAUUGCAGCCGGUGCCGGGGGGAAGUGGCGGCGGUGUGGUGCUCCGAGUGCGAGGAGUUCCUCUGCACCAAGUGCUUUGAAGACCACCAGUGGUUCUUCAAGAAGAGGAACCACGAGGCCAGGAGGGUGGAGGAGCUUCGUGCUGAGUCAGCCCAUCGGUUCCUGGAAGACACCAGAAAGUCCUGCAAUCUCUUUUGCUCCCGUCCCGGUCAUGCCGACCAGGGCCACGUCUCCAGCAUCUACUGCAACAAGUGCGAGAAGGCUCUGUGCUGCUCGUGCGCGCUGCUGGACAGCCAGCAUGCCCCCUUCUGCGACAUCCGCAGCGAGACCCAGCGCAGGCAGGAGGAGCUGAGCACCAUGAACCGGGAGCUGAAGCAGAAGAGAAGCGGCUUCGAGGCCACCUACGCGGCGCUGCAGGAUGAGGCCGCCCAGCUGGAGGAGGCGCAGCGGGAGAUGCGGGAGCUGAUCCGGCAGCGCGUGGAGCAGCUGGUGUGGCUGAUCCGGCGGGAGGAAGAGGAGCUGCUGGGGCUGGUGGAGGCGCGGCAGGAGCAGGGCCGGCGGGAGCUGGCGAGGGAGCUGCAGCACGUGGCGGGGGUGCUGGGGCGGAUGGAGGCGGGCGAGCGGCUGGUGGAGAAGAUGUGCCUCUACGCCACGGAGCAGGAGGUGAUGGACAUGCAGCCCUUCAUCAAGGCGUCGCUGGAGGAGCUGCAGCGGGCGCAGCCGCCGGCGGCCGGGGACCGAGCGCAGCCCGGGGACUUGGCUGAGUGCAGAGCCAGGCUGCAGGCGCUGGUGGAGCGCGUCACGGGGCACCCAGGUACUAAUUCCCAAGCUGUCCCCAUGGUCGAGGUGGCCCUGGAGAACGACCUGCAAGAGGAGCCGGUCCAGCCUGAGAGCCAGAGCAUCUUGCCCACCUUCACCAUCAGCCUUGAUGAGAUGCGGAUGAGCUCGGCUCUCCCCGUCACCACAUGGCCCAAGAGGUCACACUGCAUGGAAAAGGGCAGCCAGAUCUCGCCCAAGGUACUGAAGCUGGAGUGUGACAACACGCCGGUCCCCAACGAUCCCAGUUCAAACCAGUGGGAUGGCAGACAGGGGCCCAGCACCUCCACGGCGAGGCAGAACUGCAGCAGGAUCCCUGCCGCCGGCAGCCACACUGAUGAUGCAGAAGACACCAGCAUCAUCAUCUCCAGCUCGGAGGACAGCUCAGAAGACACGGCGGCUUUCAGCAGGCCCAAGGACAGCAAGAAGCCCUCUAGCCCCACAUGGUCCGGGAGCGGCACCUCACCCCACCACAGCACUGGCCUCACCAGCCCCUGGGACGACAGGUCGGAGCUGAGCACUUUGGUGUUCCUCAGCUUGAAGGUUGACCAGAAAACCCAGCGCAUCACGGAGGUGGCAGCGGCAAACGGAGAGCACACCUUCAAGACGCUGAUUCAGACGCCCGACUCAGUGCUGGCGCUGCUCUCCCAGGGUGUCUCCAUGGAGGUGGGAAUGCAGCACCUCCUCUGGUACCUCUCCCCGCUCCCCAGGCCCGUCCUCAUCGUCUAUAACUUCUGGGCACUGGAGCUGCCUGCUCUCUUUAAAGCCCUGGAUGCCACGGGCAGGAAAGCGGACUUCUGCCACGUUGUGGGUGGUUACGUGGAUAUGUUGUCCUUGAUCAAAGAAAAGCUGCCCAGGGCCCCUUCCUACAAGCUGAAGAAUCUGCUGAGAAGGCACCUGCAGCAGCAGCUCAACGAGGGCAGCACGCUGGCCAUGGCCAAGGCCUUGCAGGAGCUUUGGGGAGCCCUGGAGCUCCCUGCCCAUGUCAACUCGGAGAUGACGUUCACCCACUGCAACCUGCAGAGCUACACCAUCCUGUGGCCUAUGGUGCAGGAGAAGCUGCUCACCAGGAGGGCGGCCAAGAUCAUGGCCCGGCGCAACCUCAUCCUCUGGGAGCUGGAAGAGGCGUGA